UGCCACGUAGGUUGACUUGACUGUGCCAAAGAGAGCCACGGGCACACGGUGGAGACUUGAACGAAAACGGGGGAAGCUCGCUCAAGAACCGGCUGGGCUGACGUCGGGAGCUCAGUAUGUCACAAUACAAAUGCUGAGCCAGGAACCCAAACACUCGUAUAUCCCCCUGAGCGGCAGCAGUUGACGGCCACGCCCCGUAUCUUCCGACCGGAGCCCAAAGAAAAGUGCCGGCGGCGGCGCUACGGUUUGAAAGCCAGCAGGGCGGCGAGCGGGCUCACAGUGGAGAGGAAGCCGGAGUGUUGGCUGUUAGUGAACCAUGAGAGAGUAUAAAGUAGUGGUUCUAGGAUCCGGCGGGGUUGGAAAAUCCGCCCUAACCGUCCAGUUCGUGACGGGAUCUUUCAUAGAGAAGUACGACCCCACGAUAGAGGAUUUCUACAGGAAGGAGAUCGAGGUGGACUCCUCUCCGUCCGUCCUGGAGAUCCUGGACACGGCGGGGACCGAGCAGUUCGCCUCCAUGCGAGACUUGUACAUCAAAAACGGCCAGGGUUUCAUCCUGGUCUACAGCCUGGUGAACCAGCAGAGUUUCCAGGACAUCAAGCCGAUGAGAGAUCAGAUCAUUAGGGUGAAAAGGUACGAGAGAGUGCCGAUGAUUCUUGUGGGAAACAAAGUGGACCUGGAGGGGGAGCGGGAGGUGUCGUCCGGUGAAGGGAAGGCACUGGCGGACGACUGGAACUGCCCGUUCAUGGAAACUUCAGCCAAAAAUAAAAGCUCUGUGGACGAACUGUUCGCGGAGAUAGUCCGACAGAUGAACUAUGCCUCCACAACUAAUGGCGACGACCAGUGCUGCUCGUCCUGUGUCAUUCUUUAAGGAAAUGGACAACUCUUAAGUUUUAUUCUUUGCUCGGUUUUAAGUUUGCAAUGUGUGUUGCAGCAAGCGUGUACUUUUGAGCUCUUCUUCGUGUCUCACCCUGGCCUUGGAGGAAAAUGAAGGGAGGAAUGCUGCAGGGGGACGAGAGGAGGAGGGAGGUGGGGUGGGCUGAGACAGAGGGAGGGAUCCACUCUUCAGGAAUUCUGCUGGGCUGGAGUAUCUUUGCUGCACGAUCAGUGUCCACCAUUGAUGUCAGAUCCAGAGUUUCUGCAGCAACCCCCUCGCCAAGCGCCAACUGUUCUCCCGAACGGAACUAAACCCCAGUGGAAAAGAUAUGGAGAGCAACACUUACUCAUAAAAGGAUAUUUCUGUAUACGAAGAAGAUGGCGUGGGGAGAGAGUAUAUUUUGUUAAAUAACUGCACAGUAUGGGGCAGGUAAAGAUUUAGGUGAUAUCUCUGCCUAACCCAACUUGGAGCACAACACUCCAAAUCCUAUUUUUCUCCAAAGUCAAAAAAAAUUUGACACAUUUAUCUGCCGGUGGAGUACUCAUGAUGCGUGCCAUUCUUUUUUUCUUCUUCUUCUUCUUUUUUUUUCUCUCCUUCAUUGCCUCUUCAGUGUGUGAGAGGACCUUAACUGAAGGGACAUGGGGACGGCGACCCGAUCGCCCUUGUGUCGAGUGCCUUUCCAAAACAAAUCAGCUGUUCAGAUUCAGUGCCAAUCUACACUUAUCACCAAAAGAACUCAUCAUUCAUCAUGGCAAUCUACAAACCUGUUAACUAAUCUUCUGGAUAAUCUUAUAAAGGUGGAGGCAAAAAAAAAAAAGACAUUAGUAUUUUUGUUAAUGGAAUGGCGUUUUUCUGUAUGUUUUUACGUUGGCCUUUUUGAAGUCUAAGGUGUUAACUUUGCAAUGUCUGCUCGGUCUGGCUAAACCUAUAUCUUGACAUGAACAGGUACUGGAACCCCGUCGACGUGAUAACGCCGUCAAAGGCUUACCUGCUGGACAACUUAAAUCAAAGGAAUUCUGUUUGUUUUGUUUACUUUGUUGUUUUUAACAAGAAAUGUGAUGAUGUACCGUUGACAAAUCUAACCUGAUUGUAAGAAUAACAUCAGACCAGCUAUUAACAAUGGGCUGUCUGGUUUAAAAAAAAAAAGAAAAGACUUUUAAUACAAAUUGCAUUUUUUUAAAAAGAA